CUAUCAGAGUUGAAACUUCAUUUUGGAACCAACAGGCUACAGUUUCAGAGUUGUGAGAACUAUUGCUGGCACCUACUAUAAGGACACAACUAUCUCUGACUCCUCACCAACGUACAUGCCUAUUACAUUAUCUUGACGACUUUGAUAAACUAUAGAGUCCAGGAUGUAUACAGCCGGACUAAACCCGUUUUACGCAUCAAACUUUAGUCUUUGGUCCGCUUACUGCACAGGGGGUUUUGCAGUGGAUACAAUGAAGAAACCCUCAUUUUGCAUUGCAGACAUACUGCAGGUUGGGGAUACCGAAAACAUCCCGGGGUCGUCGGCCCUCAUGGCUCAUAUUGGACACCGUGCUCAGGUUCAGUCCUCCGGGUCUCCUUUGCGUCCUUCUCCGGUUGCUCCAGAGCCCUCACUUUACGGUGCGAGAGUGAACCCGGCGUCUCCGUAUCACAGACAUGGAAUACACUUAACUUCUCUCUCAAGAACAGCGCUCAGCUCCCAACAAGCUCCCCCACCUUCAAGUAAAGACCUGAAAUUCGGAAUCGAUAGGAUAUUGUCAACAGAUUUCGACAUUAAAAUGAAAGAAACGACAUCAUUAAGAGAUCUUACAUCCAUUGUUAGCUCGAACCGUCAGUCAGGGAUUCACAUCCCAGUGCAGCCCUCGGCGAACCACUACUUCGCGUCCAUAGACCCUGGGAUGAGCGACGCAUCCUCCAUGAUGAGCUCACUAAACAGCGCCAGGCAAUCAGGGCAGCAUCAGUUUCAGGACACCUUCCCAGGGCCGUAUGCUGUCCUUACGAAAGACACAAUGCCACAAACAUACAAAAGGAAAAGGUCUUGGUCCAGGGCAGUCUUCUCUAACCUGCAGAGAAAGGGACUUGAGAAACGCUUUGAAAUACAAAAAUAUGUGACCAAACCUGACAGAAAACAACUAGCUGCAAUGCUUGGACUUACAGACGCACAGGUCAAAGUGUGGUUCCAGAACAGGCGUAUGAAGUGGAGACAUUCUAAAGAAGCACAAGCACAGAAAGACAAGGAGAAGGAGCAGCCAGACAAAACAUUAGUAGAGGCCGAGCCCAAAGAACCGGAGGAGUCCGAGUGUGAGAGUGAGGCGAGCGAAUCUGAAUUCGAUGAGGGACAAGAAGACAAGAGUGAUGUUGACAUCACUGAACAUAUUAAGACUAGUGUCAUCAUGACAGGGGCUACCCCAGUGAAUACAGCGGAGACAACAAUCGAUCCUCUCACAGAUGCUGUGGCAUCAUCGCAAAUGGUGAUGUGAAUGGACUUGGUCAAUUUUCGUCAUUUGCUAACGGUAAUUUAAGUAUUUUUAUAAUUGAGGCAGAUAUUAUUGAAAUGCAUAGAUAGGUUUAUGCUGUGCAAAGCAUCAGCAAUGGCUAUUUUUUUAAGUUCCAUAAGAAUAACACCUUUAGGAGCACCAUGUGCAUGACCCUUUCCUUAAAUGAAGGAAAUAUUCAGUUGUGAAUUUUAACCACUUUUUCAACAUUAUGAAAAUCUCUGAAUAUUAAACAAUGAUUUAAUUUUCCCUCAAAGUAUCGAUGCAUAUUGUUGUAUAAUUUGCACUGAAAAUAUUGUAAAUAAAAGGUUUCUUACAUUUG